CUGAAAAACGCAUACUUAUUAGUUGGUAAAUUUGUUUGUUGCGUGUUUUUAGCGUUUGCGUUGUGUCUUAAAUAUAAAUUGUUUAAUAUUUAUGCAGUGUUGAUAUUAUGUUUUCAUAGUAGUGUACAUGUAUUGCAAUUAUAAAAUGAACAUAUAUUUAAGAUUAAUCUGCCUGUUGGGCGCCUCAAGCGUCGCGCUUGGACAAUUUAAUGACUUGGAUCAGCAGAAUUGCAUUAUACCCAAAAUAUUGCAGGGCUCAUGGUUCUCAUGGGAGACUGGCCUGCCCACCCAGACGGUAAUAGAUGCGACCUCGAUGUCGAGGCGUGGAUACUGCAUCAAUUAUGAGCGACACCAUGGCGAUGAGUAUUCAUUUGUGUUUAAGGAACGAUCGGUGAAUUGUUAUCAUUGCGUGCGUACGAUAAUACGCACGUUGAACAUCUUUGAGAAGUUCGAAGGACCUUGUGUGGGUCUGCCAACUGGCCAGGAGCCCACAGUGGCAAACGUGUGCAAGGGCAUUAAGGAUGAUCAGCAGCUAAUCACAUUGUUCAACGAGAAUUUUGUGCCUAUCAACUGCCGCUCAUCUCUCGAGGGUGUUUGGCAUUUUACGUAUCAGAAUCGAUUCCGCUUCACGGGCGUGUGCAACAAGCCAGAUGCUCGCAUUCAAUCAUGUCAAACGGCGGGCACACAGUUUCUGAUACAGAAUCAAAAGUUCAACAUUACUUAUCAGAAAUGUGAGGGCAUGGAGGGCACAUUUAGUGGAACAGUGGAGUUUAGUUGCUUGGGCGAUUGGUUUGUGGGCAAGAAUCAUUAUUUUGCCGUUGCCAAUACAAAGGAGUCGCGUAAGGAUGAGAAAUAUCGUUGCUUCCUCAAGAAUCGUGAUGACGAUCUCUAUGUGGGCGUUUCCAUCACUGCCGAGUGUAAUACAUUGAAAACACCUGAAAAUUCACCCGAACGUCUCAAGCUAACACCGGUCAAAGCUGAAUUUGUGGAACCCGGCUGUACGCUACCUCAGAACUUCUCCGGCGAGUGGGUGAACACGGCGAACAUAGAUGCCGAUGUGUCCAUCAGUGAGACGCACAUCAAUGAGACAUAUUAUCCCGACAAGGCUCGUUACCGCAAAACGAUUUAUGUGUGCCGCGAGCGUCGCGGUGAUCGUGUCAUGAUGGCGCGUCUCACAGUCGAUGGUUGCCAAAAGGAUUACGUCUGCUUUGACUUUAUGCCUAGGCAUCACAAUAUCAUACGCUACCGUAAGGGCCUAGCUGUGAUCAAGGAUGAUUUCAGUACAGUGUGUUCGUGGGUACAGUUUCCCAAUUCCGAAGCAUGGAAAUACGAUUUGUUUUUAUCGAGAAAUCCGGUUCCUGUACGUUGUCCAGUAGCUGGCAAGUUCAAUUUCACACAACGAGGAGAACACCCAUUUAGAACGAGAAUCCUGGGUGGUGUUACACUGAGUCCACGUCCCGAUAUUCACUGCAAGCAAAACAUAUCCGAUUUAUCUGUUUGCGAUACGGACCAAAAGGAGUUGGCUGUCGAUGAGAACUAUUGCCUGUCUGUGGAUCAUUUGGGUCGACCUGUUGACAUUUACAGUGAUCCCGAUUAUCGAAUGAAAUGCAUUGGUUUCUGGAAGGAGAAUCUCAAAUCCUAUCUAAUCACCUACGAUGAUUUGGAUCCGCUGUCCAAAUACCGCUGUUGGGUCUAUCAGCGUGCCGACCUCAAUCGCGUCCUCAUGUCCCAGGCGGUGGGCGCAUUCUGCAAACUCAACCAAGACGUUACCUCGUGGAAUCAUUCGGAGGGUGCCGCAGUCGCCAUCGAUGCCGUUGAGUACGAACGUGAACGCGACGAUUGUCCAAUGUAUUUCGACGACGGCCUCAACCCUUGGCGACCAUCAGAUGCCUCGAAUAUUGUCUUUGACUGGGACUUCUACAAAGCCGGCGCAGAUCGCAUGGCUUCCGUCAUUAGUACGCAAAUAGCCUGUAGCAUUGUCGCUGUUUGCUUGCUAGCCAGGUAUUUAGUCGCUUAAUAAGGGAUAAGAUAAGUUUUACAGUUCCGUCCAUAUUAUCCGAGCCGUAAAGUAUCUUUUUAGAAAUAUGUAAUUAUGUGCCUUUCAGAAUGCAACGAAGUAACGAAAUUUCAAUACACUAAAUUUGCAACAUACAUAUCUAUAGUUUAUAAGUACAAAUUAACAAGAGAAUUUACAACUCUUCAUUAUGCAAUUAUACAAAUCUCAGUUUCAAGAUUUAACAUUCCGUACACAAGCGAAUCUCAAAUGUAUUGUACAAACGAAUAAAGCAGCUAAACAAUUUUAAAGUAAA